AUGUCACAGUCGAAUUAUAUGUCCAAUCAGUUCGGCAACCCCAACGAAGGGGUUGACCCGUCGGAGCUUAGUAUGCAGAACGGUGGAUUUAUGUCCUACCCAUUCACAUCGCAGCAGAACUUCAACUUUGGAAACUCAGGUAUCGAUACAGAUGAGUUGCUGGACCUGGAGAUUAACGGACAGAAUGGUAUGCAACAGAACUUCCUUCAGGACCAGCAUUCAGGUGCCGGGAUCUCUAUGAGUCAUCCGGGACAGAUGUCUCAGAUGUACUCGAACACGCCCGAUGGAGCUCCCAUGAACAGCCCGUUCAUGCACAGCUUCAAUUAUGAUCACUUCCGAACCAUGAACCAAAACGGCCAACCUGGCUCUCAUCUGCAGGGUGGAUCCCAGUUCGAACAGAGCUAUUUGGCUUCCAAAGGCCGCCCAAGUUUGCAGGCUGUGGACCGCGCUUCGCUUGAUGCGCGCAGCCCGAUGACUCCGAAGACCCCAGCCCUUGGUGCUUUGACCCUGGGAACCCCAGAAUCUGGAAGCUUUCCUACGCAACCCAUCCGGACUGGCCUUCAGCAUCGCCACCAAAAGACACUGUCCAACCAAUGGGACGGUACGCCAGGAAGUGCGCAUUCUUUCGUGGAGUCCCCUAUUUCCUCUCCUGGCCACCCUCACCACGCGGGAAUCUCGGAGAUCCUCAAGUCUGGUAAACAUGCUUCCUUGCCGGCCAAGGUUGAUGCGCAUAUGCCCGGCAGUGCCCAGGACUUAGAAUCCCAAGAGGCCAAGCGACGCCGUCGGCGGGCCUCCCAUAACCUGGUCGAGCGCCGGCGACGGGACAACAUCAACGAGCGCAUCCAGGAUCUUUCCCACCUCGUUCCUCAGCAUCGGUUGGAGGAUGACAAAGUCCGGAAACAGCUUGUCAAUAACACAGCAAUGUCUGCCACUGGAGCCACCCCCAAUGCCGCAACGUCUUUGCUGGCUGGAGGCAAUGGCCGCCGGGCCACUGCGGGUAACAUCACGAUGGGUCUGCCGAUUGAGGAGAAGGAGAAGGGCCCGAACAAGGGCGACAUCCUGAACGGUGCCGUCGGCUGGAUGCGUGACCUCAUGUGGGCCCUACAUGUUAAGCUCCAGCAGGAAUCAGAGCUAGCUGAAAUUAUCAGCAACUUGGGUGGAACUUGGCCAUUUGAGCAAACUGAGGAGGAGAAGCGGAUGAGAACGGAGAUUCUCGAUGCUUUGGAGAAGAACGACCCUAGUUCGUUCACUUAUAGCAGGGCACCCGGGAGCGGGCUGCGAGUACCGAAACAUACAAACAUGGCAGGGGACUCUGUGGCCGGCAAUGGGGCUUUGAGCCCCCAGAGCCUGAGCCCCCCGUUCAACGGCGGCGGUAGCAACGGAGGCUCCGGGCAGGCUCAGUACUGGAGCAGCUCGGGCCACGCGGGCAUGAGCUUCAAGGAGGAAGACGAGUAUGCGAUGGAGAUGAAUUAG